GAAGAGCUAUACAAUUAUUUGGUCAGAGAGAACGCAGAGGUUCAGUGAACUUGUAGGCGCGUCACUCAUACAACUAUAGUGCCCGAGAACGCGCAGUCUUGUGUCAUGGGCUACAUGUGUUAUUUGGAUUCAUGCAAAGUUAUCUGGAAUGAACUAGACAUGUGGAUUAUUUAGCAUUCGUUCAGAGGAGGAAUUACGCAUCUGUUGUGCUCGGCACUUGGAAUACCUGCGUGACAGGUUACACAUUAUUCACAUAGGACUCCUUUUUUAAUGUACAAAAAGUCUUUUUGGUUUUGCACAGACUGGAAACACAUUUUCAAUCAAGAUGGAGAACAGAAAAUGUACAUCAUUCAAUUGUAUGUGACAUCGUCUGAGAAGAGGAUGCGAUUUCAACCCUAAUUCACGAGAUCUGGAUUUGGACAAAUUUGAGAAGACAAUUCAGUCGCGCUAUUUUCAGCCUCGAUUACUGCGUUAACAGAGGCACCAGUCGAACAGCUCAUUUCAUUUACUCGCGAUGGCCGCGAUCGCCAGUUCUCUGAUCCGACAGAAGCGCCAAGCGCGGGAGUCCAACAGCGACCGGGUCUCUGCCUCCAAACGCCGCCCCAGUCCCAGCAAAGACCCCCGCUCUCUCUGCGAGCGACAUUUCCUGGGGGUCUUCAGUAAAGUCCGCUUCUGCAGCGGCAAAAAAAGACCUGUUCGCCGGCGACCAGAUGCGCCCUCGAACCCUCCACAGGUGUCCCGUAAGGGCGUCAGGCUAGAGCCGCAGCUGAAAGGCAUUGUGACACGACUGUUCAGCCAGCAGGGUUUUUACCUGCAGAUGCAGCCAGACGGAACCAUCGGUGGCAUCAAGGAUGAGAACAGCGACUACACUCUUUUCAACCUCAUUCCUGUUGGUUUAAGGGUGGUGGCCAUUCAAGGAGUCAAAGCAGGUUUCUACAUCGGCAUGAACGGCGAGGGCUUCCUCUACAGCUCAGAGAUGUUCACACCUGAGUGUAAAUUCAAGGAGUCUGUGUUUGAGAACUACUACGUUAUCUACUCAUCCACCAUGUACCGCCAACAGGAGUCAGGUCGAGCUUGGUUCCUGGGCCUCACCAAGGAGGGUCAGGUAAUGAAGGGGAAUCGAGUAAAGAAAACCAAGCCCUCCUCACACUUUGUACCAAGACCCAUUGAAGUUUGCAUGUAUAGAGAGCCUUCACUGCAUGAGAUAGAAGAGAAGCAACGCUCUAGGAAAAGCUCAGGAACUCCAACAAUGAACGGAGGCAAAGCAGUCAACCAGGACUCCACAUAGCAGGGCUCAAACACUGGAGGCGACGGCAGCACAGUAGCCCCUUCCCCAUGCCCUUGCGCAUCCAACCACGGGAAUAGUACUACAUGCUAAAACAAGAUGACAAACUGAACUCUUGUCUGUAAAAACUUUUAGAAGAACACCGAAGGGGGACAAAAAAACGUUACAGUUCCAAUCAGGACUUGAACUCACAUUUUAUGCAAAAAAAAAAACAACAAAAAAAAAAGGCCAAUGGGCAGUCAUUUGAUUCAUAACAAUAGUAAUAUUUUUUGUUUUGGAUUUAUGCUGUGGUAAAUUAGCUUUAAAAUGUUCUCAUAUGCAUUAAUUUUCAUGUGAAUGCUUCAUGCUUUCCUCUCAUCGAGAAAAAUUACUCAAUGCCAUUACUAUUAUUUCUGUUUUUCGAUUUUAUGGAGAUCUGCCCUAGCAUUUUGGGUUUCGUAUUUCCUGAGAGGUGAAUGCACUUUGGGACACCAGACUACUGGAAUGUCAAGAGGGUGAAUAUAGAAAAAUGUGCUGAGUUAUAUCAGAUGAUACAACUUACUUAAGGCAGCACAGAGUUACAGAAAGCUUUUGGAGAGGACUUGGAGAAUUUAGCUGCUUAUUCAUUUAUGGGAUUUAAUAUUCAUGCAACACUUUCUUUAAAAAUCUUGCCCGCCUUGACGCACAUAUGUCCCGCACAAGUACUAUGUAUGUGUGUAUGUUUGUGUGUGCGUGGCACUAUUCAAUUCCUCCAGUCUACAGCUUGGCAUCAGCUGGAUUGCAGCGCUCUUUAUUACAAUGGACAGCUUUAAAUAGAAAGUAGGAAAUUCCUGUGAAUUAUUCACAAAUUCCCCUGCACCAAAGCAAUCCUAAAUCAAAUAUGAACAAACAACAACAGCAGCAAAACACAAAACAGAAAAAUUGUAGUUUCUGUCGUUAUAUUCAGCUCUAAAUGUAACAUAAAUUUUCAACUCAGGAAGCCUUAGUCUUAGAUGUUUGACUUUCACACCAGCCCUGUCCAGUCCAAGACACAAAGAAGGCUAGUUGUGUUGCUCCCACAUAGGUUUCCAGACAGCCUGCCUGGACAGGGCAGGUGGACUGUGGCUUAUCGACCCAUGAGAGCAGUGGGAAAGUCUAUUUAGGAAAAAAAGCUGUCAUUCAUAAGUCUUCCACUAAAGAUGCCAUGAGAGCUGUGCCCAAGUCUGCAGCAUUUAGGUGCAAAGUCAACAAAGCUAAGAGACUUAAACGCAUGAGUUAUCAGAAACAAUGUGUUUCUACUAAAAUGAGAACUGGUCAACUGGAUAGUACUGUGUGUAUGCAAAGGAGCGUGUAAAAACAGGCACGCAACAAGAAUGUCCAGAUCAAAUGGGUUUCCACAAAAGAAAACACAGUAAUGUGUGUAAUUGUGUACAAAACAGAACUCUUUAUUUUUCAUGUUUGCAGAUGUUUUCACCUGAAACACUAUCAUAUAUGCAUUAUUAUUAAUGAGAUGUAUGAAAUAUGCAUUGAUAUUAUAAAGCAGAAUGAAAUUAGGAUUGUUUAAGAAUAAAAGUAUGAUAUUUAAAGCUUU